AUGUCUGGCCUUGGGGCAGUACUUCUACAAAUACAAGAUGAUGGUUCUCGCAGACCUGUCAGCUACAUCUCACGAGCUGUGACAGAUGCAGAAAAGAACUACGCAGUCAUCGAGAAGGAAGCCCUUGCAGCAACAUGGGCAUCAGAACGCUUCAGUGAAUACAUCCUUGGCAAGCAGUAUACACUGGAGACUGAUCAAAAACCCUUGGUCCCUCUUCUCUCUGCCAAGGAACUCCACAAAAUGCCAUCAAGGAUCCAACGAUUCCGUAUGAGGCUGAUGCGCUUUUCACCAAAUGUGCUGCAUGUUUUGGGAAAGCAUCAGAUCACUGCGGACGCACUUUCUCGUGCUCCGACAAAUCUGCCAUCAGAUGCAGAAUCACUCUUUGUAGACGAAGUGGCAGACUUCGCACAACAGGCUAUUGAUAGCCUCCCUGCUUCACCACAGAGACUUCAAAAUAUGGUCUCCCAGCAGAAGAGGGACUCAGAAACAAGGAUCCUCUGCUCCCUUUCUCGUUACCAGACCGGCCUUGGUCUCGAUUGGCCAUGGAUGUUUGACGUGAAACGUCAAGCUUACAUCGUCAUGGUUGAUUAUUACUCUCGUUGGGUAGAGCUACGCUUACUCAAAAAGCCCAACAGUGUAUUCGUUAUCAAUAAACUCAAGUCCAUCUUUGUCACUCAUGGCAUCCCAGAGGCAGUCGUGUCCGACAGUGGCCCUCAGUUUUCAAGCGCCAGCUUCCAAGCUUUUGCAAAAGAGUUUACUUUCAUUCAAAUCGCCAGCUCUCCAAGAUAUCCUCAGAGCAAUGGUGAGGCAGAAAGAGCAGGACAAACAGUGAAGCUUCUCCUCAAGAAAGCCAACGAUCCGCACACUACCCUCCUGCUAUACCGGGCUACUCCUUUACAAAAUGGGUAUACCCCAAGUGAGCUCCUCAUGGGAAGGAGACUCCAAACCAAAGUCCCCAUUAUGCAGGACAACUUACAUCCAAGUUCUGUUGAUCUACCCUGUAUUCGUCAAAGGGAGGAGAAGAGGAAAGAGGUCAUACGGCUGCAAUACAACAAGAGACACAGUGUCAAAUCUCUUCCAGAACUUCGCCCCGGUGAUUCUGUCCACAUUCGAGACCUAGGCCGACCAGGCAUCGUUGACAACAGACACCCCAAUCCGCGCUACUACACAGUGACCACUGAAAAAGGGAGCACCGUCCGCUGCAACAGAAGUCAUCUCGUGGCUACCCCAGAGCCCACUACAACACCAGAGCCCGGGGACAACACACCGUCUUCGACACGGCAUCCUGACACCCCAAGCCCUGCUCGGGAGUCAGCGCAAAUGCCGGUGGCCCCAACAGAGACACCCCAUGUCAGCCGAUACCGCAGAGAAAUCAGAGUACCAACGAGACUAGACCUGUGA